AUGGCACCCACUACUAAGGACCCGAGGGUUCAGGAACAGAAUGACCUCUCGCCGCUUGAACAUUCUGAAACAGAUGAGAUAGAUACCCUUCUUCGCGCCGCUGGUAUCGGCCUCGCCGAAGAUGACCCAACCGAGCCUGUCCUAACAUUACGCAUGUUCGUCCUCGGCAUUAUCUUCUGCAUCGUAGUCAGCGGUCUGAAUACACUUUACACGCUGCGCACCCCGUCAAUUACCAUUUCUGCAUCGGUAGUCCUCCUGCUGGCAUACCCGCUCGGAAAGCUCUGGGAGAAGACUAUCCCCGCCUGGACCGUCCCUCUAGGGCCGUGGGCAUUCAAUCUGAAUCCAGGUUCUUUCAACACAAAGGCAAGUCAAGCCAAUCUCAAACAAGCUGCACGUUGA